AUGAGUUCAAAGCUGUUACUGAGUAAAGCUGUGCUGAGGGCUACAGAUGCCAAACUGAGAGCAGACAACUGGCAGUACAUUAUAGAAGUAUGCGAUGUGGUGAGGGAUGAUCCAGAGGAUAACGGUAAGGAGGUAAUGAAGCUCAUAGAACGGAGGCUGGAACAGAAGGACGCAAACGUUGUUUUGAGAAGUUUGGCGCUGAUCGUGGCUCUUGCUGAGAAUUGUGGAUCCAGGUUGAAACAAGAAAUCAGCAGUAAACAUUUUGUCAACAUAUUGUACUCGAUGGUAGACGAUGAAUCAGCUCAUAUUGAUCUGAGGCGUUCUGUGGCUAAGACUGUUCAACAGUUGUCGGAUUCGUUUAAGGACGACCCAUCCCUCAAGGGAAUGAACGACUUGUAUCUGAAGACAAAGAGACAUCACGGGUUUCUUUUGACACAACCGGAUAAGCCUCAUAAACAUCAGGUGAGCUCAGAAUCAAAAACACAAGAGGAUAGGGAUUUGCAAGAGGCUUUGAAAUUGUCGUUGACGGAAUUUGAGUCUAAACGUCAGGAUACGGAUGCUGGCACCAGCAAAGGUAGCUAUACAAACUUGGAGCAAAGGGCUAAUCAGCCAGAGGUAACCAAACGGGAAACAGGCACGAACACGAUAAAGAAAGUGAGAGCCAUGUACGAUUUGGAAACAUCCGAUCCAAAAGAACUGGCCUUCAGAAAGGAUGAUAUCAUCGUCGUAAUAGAACAAUCCUACAAAGACUGGUGGCUGGGCUCUCUAGGUAGGAGAGUUGGUAUAUUCCCACUAAAUUACGUUACACCUAUUAUAGAGCUAACUCCAGAACAGAAACAAAAAGAGCUGGAUCUGGAGAACCAUGUCUUUGGUCAGAAAGGUAAAAUAGACCAUUUGCAUUCAACUUUCAAAAAUAGCACUGCGGGCCAGGACUUGAUUCAAAAUGAGGAAUUGAACCAGCUGUAUGGCUCGGUAACACCCCUUAGACCGCAGAUAACCAAAAUGAUUGGCAAAUACGCCAAGGAGAAAGAGGACGUUAAUUCUUUGCGCCAGGUAUUAGCCAACGCGGAAUCUACGUACAAUCAAUUGCUGGAUCGGGCAGCGAACGCUUACCGUGCAGUACCAGUACAACAGCAACAGUCCUUUGCACCUCCUCCACAAAACCAUUUACCGCCCACUUAUGGCGACCACCACGCCUACCCUCAGGGAAACCAGCCGAACUAUCCCUCAUUUGAAAGAAAUUAUGGACAACCAAAUUAA